UUACUCUUUUGCUUUUUCAUGGUUUUGCUUUCUCUCUUUUAAGGAAGUUGGCUGCUUUUAAAGUUUCAAACCAAAAAUCUCUCUCUACGCAUUUCUUGCUCUAUUUCGUGUCUCUCUGUGGACUGUAAUAAGUGACAGGGAGCAGUGCAGUCCCUCCUAACCCACUUCUCCUUCUUCUUCUUCUUCUUCUUCUUCACUUGUCUAAAAUUGCAUUUACACAAAGAUUUAAGAUAUUCUACCUGGGUUUCUCGAUUAUGGAAGCUUCAUUAUCACCCAAACAAACCCCUCAUCACCACCAAGAUCACCUUCUUUUACCAGAGGCCUCACCAAGGCCUACUUACAAGAAAAGCUUCGUUGCCACCAUAAUGGAAGCUGCUUCUCUCCGCACUCCUUCUUUUAAAGAAGACACUUAUUUUAUUUCUCAUCUCAAAUCCUCCGAGAAGAAAGCCUUGCAAGAGCUUAAAGACAAGCUUUCCGCUAGCGAGUCCAAUGUUGAUUGUUCCAUGUGGGGCAUUCCUCUCCUGGGUGGUGCUGAGAAAGCUGAUGUUAUACUGUUGAAGUUUUUGAGAGCUAGAGACUUUAGAGUUCUUGAUGCUUUUCACAUGCUGGACAAGUGUUUGUCAUGGAGAAAAGAGUUUGGUGCUGAUAAUAUUUGUGAAGAGGAUUUGGGUUUUAAAGAACUUGAAGGCCUUGUUGCUUAUAUGCGUGGAUAUGAUAGAGAAGGACACCCUGUUUGUUAUAAUGCUUACGGUGUUUUUAAAGAUAAAGAAAUGUAUGAAAGAAUUUUUGGAGAUGAAGACAAACUUAACAAGUUCUUAAGAUGGAGAGUUCAAGUUCUUGAAAGAGGGAUUAAUCUUUUGCAUUUUAAGCCUGGUGGUGUUAACUCUAUUAUUCAAGUUACUGAUCUUAAAGAUAUGCCUAAAAGAGAGCUUAGAGUUGCUUCUAACCAGAUCCUCUCUCUUUUUCAAGAUAAUUAUCCUGAAAUGGUUGCUCGUAAGAUUUUCAUCAAUGUCCCAUGGUACUUCAGCAUGUUAUAUUCAAUGUUCAGUCCAUUCCUUACUCAACGAACCAAGAGCAAGUUUGUGAUCUCUAAAGAAGGAAAUGUUGCAGAAACACUUUACAAAUUCGUAAGGCCUGAAGAUAUUCCUGUUCAGUAUGGAGGAUUAAGUAGACCAAACGAUUUGCAGAAUGGCCCACCUAAACCAGCUUCUGAGUUUACUGUAAAAGGAGGGGAGAAAGUUAACAUUCAGAUUGAAGGAAUUGAGGCUGGUGCAACAAUUACAUGGGACAUAGUGGUGGGUGGAUGGGAUUUGGAGUAUAGUGCAGAGUUUGUGCCAAAUGCAGAAGGAAGUUACACCAUUGCAGUGGAGAAGGCAAGAAAAGUAGCAUCGUCAGAAGAGGCAAUUCAUAACUCUUACACGUCAAGAGAAGCUGGAAAAAUGGUGCUAUCUGUUGACAAUACUGCCUCCAGGAGGAAAAAGGUGGCUGCUUAUCGAUACAUUGUCCGCAAAUCUAGUGUUGUUUAGAUUUCUCAUUAUAGGUUGCCAAUUAGUAUAAUCUAAUGAAUAAGUAUUUUUGUUUGAAUUAUUUGAAGGGGAUAAUGAAUUUACUUAUUAAUGGUUGUGAACUGUUUUCUAGUGUUUACUUGAUAGUGUACUAAUGUAAUGUGUAAAAAAAGAAGUAUUGUUGGGUACUAA